GGCACCUGUACAAGAACCUAACGACACGGUGAAUACUAUAGAUAGAGAUCGGAUCACUAUCUCCAGUGACUCGAACUGACUCGGAUUCGCCAGCCGAUACGUACAAUCGUUCGUCGUGUCGGACCGUCUCUGUUCCUCAUUCGCACCCGCCUCCGUUCCUCAGCCUCAUUCCGCACUGUAGGAUUUCAGAACGCGGCGAAUCAUGGACGUCGAUCCUCGUCACUUCAAUCAAGUUCAGGCUAUCAAUGACAAUGAUAUCCACAAUAUUGUUCUGUCAUACCUUGUGCAUAACUGCUAUAAAGAAACUGUGGAGUCGUUUGUUGCUUCGACGGGGACGAAGCAGCCUGCCGACUGCGUUGAGGAUAUGGAGAAAAGAAAUAGGAUUUUUCAAUGUGCAGUGGAAGGGGAAGCUCUUAAGGCAAUUGAACUGACGGAAGAGUUGGCACCUGACUUAGUGGAGAAAAACAAAGACUUGCAUUUUGACCUUCUGAGCCUGCACUUUGUUGAACUUGUUUGCGCUAAAAAAUGCAGCACAGAAGCUUUGGAAUUUGCCCAGAACAAGUUGACCCCCUUUGGGAAGGUGGAAAAAUACGUCACAAAGCUUGAAGACUUCAUGGCUCUGCUGGCUUAUAAAGAACCGGAGAAGUCUCCUAUGUUUCAUUUGCUUAGCUUUGAGUAUCGGCAGCAAGUUGCAGAUAGUUUGAAUCGAGCAGUUCUUGAGCAUUCAAACCUGCCCAAUUAUUCUGCAAUGGAAAGGCUAAUACAACAGACCACUGUAGUUAGACAAUGCAUGAGUGAAGAUAAUGCCAAGAAUGGGAACCCCCCAUUUUCUCUGAAUGAUUUUCUUAGAAGCUAAAUGGAUGAAACUUUUGGAGCAGCACCGGAUGGGGAUGAUUGGCGGUUGUUGAAUUCUCAUAUACUACAGUUUGCCUAGUUUGCUUCCGACCACGUCGGCGCAUGUGGAUUUGGUGUCAUACAUUAUUUCAUGUAUAGAAAGUAGUAAUCGAAGGGGAUGAACGUAGAAAACUCGGAUGGGGUAUGUGCCAAUUGGUUUUCGCUUAGGCAUUAAUGCAAGGCUUGCAUAUGUUAUGGUGUUUAUUUUAAGACUUGCAAACUUGUGUAAUCUAUCUGUAAAUUACAAUGUCAGAUUUUGAGUAGAGCACUUGUAAAAUCCAGUUAGCUCUUCCUCGA